UUAGAAAUUUCGGGAAAAUAUUUUCGCGGCAUUUCAUGAACCGUAGUGAUAAACAAGUUGAGGAGAUAAACGCUUUGACUGAAAUGACGGUGUUAAAGCAAAUGCAACGUGGUCCAUCUACGAUGUCUCCUUUUCAACAUCCACCACGUUCAAAAUUUAUGAUUACAGAUAUUCUUGGUGGAAAUGGGAAAUUGACGCCAAUUGAUCGUGUUCCAAGCCCUCAGCCAAGUGAUCUCAGCGUUUUCUUGAGCUCGAUUCCUGACAACGAUGAUGAUAGUGAUUGUGAUUCAAGUGACAAAGAUGACGAGGGGAGUUUGAAGAAUGGAUUGAAUGGGACGCCAGGAUUAAGUAAAAAGCAGAGAAAGGCUAGAACGGCCUUCACAGACCAUCAACUUCAAACUCUAGAGAAAACAUUUGAGCGACAAAAAUAUCUUAGCGUUCAGGAUCGAAUGGAAUUGGCCAAUAAACUCGGCCUUACUGACACACAGGUCAAGACGUGGUACCAGAAUCGAAGAACGAAGUGGAAACGACAGACUGCAGUGGGAUUGGAAUUGCUAGCUGAGGCAGGAAAUUAUGCAGCGUUUCAACGACUAUACGGUGGACCACCUUACAUCGGUGGUUGGCCUUAUCCACCACAAGUACCUUCAGCAAACCCCACAAGCACAGUUGAUCUGUAUUAUCGACAAGCAGCUGCUGCAGCAGCACUUCAAAAACCUUUACCAUAUCGAUUAUACCCUGGCACACCCGGAAUGUCACCGAUUGCUUCAAUCUCUGGUCCAAGUGCUUCUCAAUUUCCCCCCCUUUCAGUAUCCAGUUCAUUAUCGUCUCUAAGUAAUUUUUACAGUAACAAUAAUAAUAGCAGUAAAAUUUAUGAAUCUAGGAGAUCUCCAAGUCCAACACUAAACCCUGGUAGUCCUGAGGGACAUUCCGAAAGUAACUCACAAAGUGAUAAUGAGGAAACAAUUCAAGUUUAA